GCGCACUUUCUCCGCGUCCCGGGGACAGGGGAACAACCGGCGCGCAGGCUGGGACGCACGCGGACCUUCUCCGCGUCCCGGGGAACAUCCCGAGCGCAGGCUGCACGAGGGACCCCAGGCAGGCGGCGGGUCUGCGAGCGCAGUGCGCGCCGUCGGGGACGCGGGAGCCGAGCGCCAUGGCCUUCCUGUGGCUGGCCUUGUGUCUCACGCCCGCGUGCUGUCUGCUGCACAAGGACGAAGAUCCCGAGUCGCCGAUUAAGAACCUGCGAAUGCAGCCGGAGACGAGAAGGUUGACCUGGGACCUGAGCGGAAACGUGUCUGAGAUCGGCUGUUUCAUCAACUCGAGGUUCAUCACUAAGGCCACCGACAAGCGUUACUGCGAGUUCCGCGUACUUUCCUCGUGUCAGGUGACGAAUUUCACGGUCGCCUCCACCGGAGACCCGCCGUUCUCCACGGGAAUCCUGUACCCCAGGCCAGAGGGCCACCCUGAGGCGGCGGCGCAGCGUCUGGGCUGCUGGGUGCACGACGUGGACUUCCUGACGUGCAGCUGGGAGGCGGGCCGCGCGGCCCCCGGGGACGUCCAGUAUCGCCUGUACUGGCAGGACCUCAAGACCUACGAGGAGGAGGAGUGUCCCCGGUACGGGGUGGACGAUCGGGGGACACACAUCCGGUGUCAUUUCGACGACGUGUCCCGGCUCAGGGAACACGUCCAGUUCCUGGUGAAGGGCACCAGCAAGGGCGCGAGGAUCCCGUGCUCGGACCUCACUGUGGAACUAGCAAGAAUCGAGAGAUUAAGUCUGCCCAACAUCACUGGAAUGUGUAAUACAUCCUAUUCAGUCAUGGAGUGGAAAAUGUCAAGCCACUUUAAUCACAGAUUUACAUACGAACUUGAAAUACAAAAGGGCUCAGAUCCCGCCUACACCGAGAAGGCGCCCGACAGCUACUUCGCGCUCCCCAACCCCGGAAACUACGCGGUGAGGCUGAGGGCGCACGCGCGCUUCCGCAAAACCUGGAGCGAGUGGAGCGCCGUCCGGCGCUUUGGACUGGGGUCCUUUCAAGAAGAGAAGUUGAGGACACAGACACGCACAGAGGGACGGCCAGAGUGCGACCUCGGGAAGGACACGCACUUCCGAGACUGGCUGACCUCCGCUCUGAUCCCGCUGGGCGCGCUGCUGGCCCUGGGGCUGGGGGUCGCGCUGUGCCAAAGGUACUCGGUGCUGCAGAAACUCUUUCCCCCGAUCCCGCACCUGAAGGACCCCAUCAAUGACACCCUGCACAGCAGCAAGUUGGUGGCCUGGGAGGCCAGCAGAGCAAGCCGGGAGGACUGCCAGGUGGCGGAGGUGCAGGUUCUGGGAGAAAUGUGACGCUGGGGCGCAGACCUCGUCCUUGACACGGGGGGGGGGGGGGGGGGGGGG